AUGUUUAAGGGCUGGCUAGAUCGACAAAGGAAAAUUGGUAAAUGUCAGGGAAAUCAGGAAAAACCUGCUAACAACAAUAUGCCAUUCUAUACACCACGACCAGUUAACAGCACAAUGAUAAGAUGUGCAUCUACGAUAAGUUUAAAUUCUUGGCCAUCGGAUCAAAACUCUAAUGAAUGGAAUCUGAGUAGUCGUAGUUGUGAACCAACGUUUAGUUUUCGGAACCCGAUAUAUUCCUGUAACCAAUUAAUAUCGAAUUCGGAAAAUAAUUGUCCACAGGAGUGUGAUAAUUAUACAGCUGAGGAAUUCAAAAGGACAAUAACUGAGACACCGGGUGACAUUGUACCACCAUUAGAUUUACAAUCGGAAGAGAAUUAUCCAACAGCCAGUGAUGAUAUGACCUAUUCAGUUAAAAUACAUCGACAACCAGAAUUGGCUUAUGAAACGUGGUUAUCAGCAAAAAGAAAACUUCAUUCCAUUGAGGCUGCCCGUCGCCGGGAAGAAGCAGAACGAAAACGACAGGAAUUGGAAGAACGUAAACGUAUAUCAAAAGAAAAAUAUGAAAAAUGGCUAGAAAAUAAAAGCAAACAACAAAAGCAACAACAACAACUAUCCCAACAUAGUAUUAACGUUUCCAAUUCAAAAUUAAUUUUGAAAAGCCAAACAUCUAUUUCGAAUACUUCCGAAAAAUCGUUACGUUCAAACAUAAACAAUGGCCAAGAUAAAACUCAUUUAGAUGAAUGGGAGCGAACGAAACGUCUACAGGAAGAACGUCGCCGUAUGCGAAAACAACAAGAAGAACAGAAACGUAGGGAACUGGAAGAACAACGUCGUAAAGCAGCCGCAGAAGCAUGGGAGAAAUGGUUAGCGGAUGCUGCCAAGAAACCAAAGCCCGUACCAUUGAAUCGUGGCAUAUUUACAUUACGUGGAACAAUUUCAGAUAUAUUUGUAAAUCCCAAUGAAUGGAAAACUGUAGUGCCAACAAAUGGUGAUGGUAUGGAUUAG